GACGACGGCGACGGCAAUCAAAGGCAAACGCAAACCGCAAAGGGCAAGGCGCAAAUCAAAAGCCAAAAGGAAGAAAAUAUUUUAAAGUACGCUAAAAGUUUUUGCAAAAAUUAUUUUCAUCUGAUUGUGUGCAUAAACUUGUUGUUAAAAUGGAUCAAAUCGGUCCAGAAUUGCUAACCAAAAUCUUAACCAUCGAAGAAUUGGGUAAGACCCCCAAAGAUGUACAAGAAAAAAUUAAUAAAUAUUUUGAGGAGAUAUUCGAUGAAUUCCUCACAACCAAGGCUGUCGGGGAAACUUCCAGGAAUACUGUGGAUGAAAUUCGGACUAAUUGCGAAAAGAAAGUCGAGGAUUUAACAUCACAACUUCAAGACUAUGAAUUAAAAUUAAAAAAUUCUGAAAGAAAUGUCGUCGAGCUACGAAAGCAAAUGGACACGUAUUCGGCCGAAAGGACUAACUUAAUGGAACUGACAAAUAAAUACGAAACUGAGUUAUCAACAACUCGUCGCGAAAAAAACAGUAUUAAAGACGAGCGUGAUGCGCUAUUCAAAUCAAUAGAAAGGCAGAAUUCAGAGUUAGAACGCAUGCAACAAGAACUAAGAUCAUGUCAAAAACAAUUGAAAGCGGCUAUCAAUAGUAAGUGUGAAGCUUUGGCACGCGUUGAUGAAAUAGAAAGCAAAGAAGCCGCAUUAAAUUUCAAAGAGAAACGCAUGGAACAAGAACGCUCGAUACUUACAAACCAAGUCCAAACACUGUCUCAUGAUCUAAAUCGGAAUAUUUCGGAACUUCAAAACAUUCGCAGGGAGAAUACAAUAAGAAACAUGCAAUUAGAGACAAGACUUAACGAGAAAAUGGAAGAAUUGAAAAUUGCUCAUACACAGUGCGCCCACUACAAAGAAACUAUUGACAGUUUGACCGCCAACUCUCAAGAACUAUCGGCUAAAAUGCUUGCGCAGAGUGAAGAAGCCAACAAAAUGAUGGAGUUCUACAAGAAGGAGCUUCAAGCCAAAACAAAGCUCUCCGAACUCUAUAAGGCGAACUCAGAAGAGCGAGCUAUGGAAAGCAACGAAAUGGGACAAGCUAUUACGGAUUUGAAGAGGAUGUUGGCCGAAGCAAGCGACCAAUAUGGGGAGCUCGAAACCAAUUUGAAAUCAAUAACAAUGAAGCACGAAGAAGAAAUGGAAGAGAAAAACAAAACUAUUGAUGCGCUUAAAGCCGAAAUCCUACAUGCUAAUGAUUUGCUUAAGGAAGUUCAAAGUGAAAACAUGGAAAAUGCAAUUGAAAAAUUGGCACCUUCUGCAGCUGUAGCAAGUCGUCUCAUAAAAUCUGACAUGACACUUACUGAACUCUAUUCGCUCUACGUCAAAGCCACUGAAGACAGCGAGCUCCAAAAGCGCGAGAAUAACCGAUUGAAUCUUCAAAUGAAGACAAUCCUUCAUGAGCUUGAAGAACGAGCACCUCAAAUCAAGAAGCAGGAAAUUGAAUACGAAAAACUAAUUGAAGCUAAUAACAUCUUGGCGGCUAAGCUCGAUGAACUUAUAGUGAGAAGAACUGACAACCAACAGGAAAUGGAAGAAGCCCAAACUAAGAUAAGCCACCUAGAACGUGAAAACAAAAAACUUAAACACUCCCAGAGCGAUUUAAGUCGGCAAGUUUGCUACCUGCUAAAGGAAAUCGAACAGAAUCGUUGCGGUUAUACUUCGGAGAACCAACAACAACUUAGCCACAACUUAUCAACUGACGAGGUUAUAUCCAAAAAGCUUGUAACAUUCUCAAACAUAACAGAAUUGCAUGAAAACAAUCAGAAGUUGCUUUUGCUGGUACGCGAUCUAAGUGACAAACUGGAAGAAAUUGAGAAUUUGAAACAGCAAAUAAGCGAAGCGUCUUACAAGGAAAAAAUAGAAAACUACACCAAGAAGAUGCAAAGCAUGCAAGAAUCAUUACAGAACCAAACAAAAAUGCUAAACACCUGCAUGGCUAAAUGCGAACGCUACAAACGCUUGUACUUCGAGGCAUUCACCAAAAAUGCAAACAACUCGUCCAAAAUCCGAUCCGAAGACACUGAUGAAAGUAUGGAAAUGGACGGAAGUAACACUGCUGCCCAAAAUACCACCAAUGAUAAGGAAGCAUCGGAAAAAGACAAAAAAAUACUUGAACUAGAGAAUCAGUUAGCUGAAGUAAAGAAACAAGCACAAUCCUUUAAGGAGCAAUAUGAAUACUAUACUCAAGAAAAAAAGAACAAUGAAAAAAUCUUAAAUGAUCAAUUUGAUUCUAUGCGUACGGAAGUUCGUGAAUUGACAGCAACUAAUUGCAAACUUAUGUCGACAGUUGAAUACAAUAAGGAGUUGCUCAAGAUCCAACAGAAGAACAUCAGUACGUACAAACAACAAAUUGCUGCUCUUGAAGAUAGGAACAAAAACUAUGAAAACACAAAUAUAAAGCAUGAGCAAACAACUUUAUACUUGAAGGAUGAAAUUAUGAAAGCUCAGAAGAGUCUGUCGGCAGCUGAGUCGGAGCUUAACCAUCUGCGGCAAGAAACGCGCCUUCUUAAAGAUGCUGCUUCGCGUUUGCAGUCCGAGAAGGAGGGCUACCAUCGUGAGAGGCAAAAUCAACACCUGCUUCUGAAUAACUUGGAAAUGAUCAAAGCCAGUUUCGAACGAUCUGAAAUGGAGGGCAAGGCUCGUUUGGAAUCGCGAUUAGAUGAAACACAACGAGAACUAUCAGCACAACGUCGCCGUUACCAAGAGGAGCAAGAUCGUUUCAGAGAACUUGCCGCUGACAUGAAGCGACAAACUGAAACGGCUAAGGAAAGAAUGGAAGAAGAAAGUCGAGUUGCCGAACAGCUUAGACAGGAAAUGCUCUCGUUGCGCAAUGAAUUAAAGACAAAAUCACUUCAGAUCGACGAACUCAGCAAGAAACUCCAAGAAAGUCUGGCACCAACUAAAGACGACAAUCCAAUUGCAGUUGCUAACAAGAAAAUACGUGAGUUGGAGAUGAGAAAUGAAGAGUGCAAACUUGAAAUUCAGUUCCUCAGCAGUGAAUUAGCCAAAUCUAAGGAACACGCCGAACAAUAUUUCAAAAUAUCUGAGAGCGCUGAAAAAGAAAUAAAGAAUCUUGAUCAACUUCAUAACGAGUAUGUUGUCAAAGCCGAAGCCGAAAUAAAGGCAUUAAAACAAACCGAAGCAGACUUGAGGUCACGCAUUGAAGAACUUGAAACUGAAAUUCAAUUGCAAACUGUUACAGAAGCACAAAACAGUGGCAGUGCAAGGCCAGUUCAAUUGCAGAAAACUCAAGAUGAACUUAAGGAAACUCUUCAAAAAUUGAACGAAUGUAAUCGGGAAUUGAGAAAUGUUCGAUCUGAAUACAAUAGUUUGUCUGAGUCUUUGAAUUCGGUUGAGCAGAAAUAUGCAAAUGAAAUGGUUCUACACUCGGCAGAUAUCCAAGAAUUGUCUAAAGUUAAAAGUGAACUAUUAAAGAUUCGUGAACAAAUCUCUAGCUUGCAAGAAGGACGUGAUACAGCUGUCAACGAACUGAAUGAGAACAGGAAAACAUUGGAGGAAACUAGACGCCUCCUACAAACAGAGAAAGAGGGAUUGGAAAGCCGAUUGGCAGAUUUAGAUUCCCAAAAUGCUUCGCUUCACAAUCAAAUACAAGCACUUACCUCUAAGCUUUCGGUUAUAAGUAGCUCUAACGUUCACACUACAACAAAUGACUCCCUUAAUGAAUCCUCCGACAUAAACAAGUCCAUAGCCGAAGAGGACAUUAAGAACAAUGACCAGUUGUUACAAAUUAUAAAAUAUCUACGCAAGGAGAAAGAUAUUGCUGUUGCCAAAUUUGAUAUUCUCAAAUCUGAAAAUGUUCGUCUUGUGUCUGAGUACACGAUUUCUCAAAAGAAAAUUGACGAACUUAACGGAUUCCUUAAUCAAGAACGUUCAAAAUCCGAAACAAGUUCUGCUACAGCAACACGACACGAAGAAAUUCUCCGCAAAAUCGAAACACUCAAUGCUAUUACAGAUAGCAACCGAAUCCUUCGCGAGGAGCGAGAUACACUAUCUGCUCGGGUAAAAGAACUCAGCGAUCGUACGGGUAAAAUUGAGGAUGAACUGUUCCCACUGCAAAAACAAAAUCACGAGCUAUCCUCGAAAAUUGAGGAACUCUCAACAGAGAACAAUUCCCUUCGCACUGAAGCCAUUAAAUGGAGACAGAGAGCUAACGUUCUGAUAGAGAAGAACAAUAAGAAUCCGGAGGAAUUCAAGCGUCUACAAAUAGAGAGAGAAAAUCUUGCCAAAAUGCUGACAUCUGAAAAGGAAAUUUUGAAACAGGUUAAUGAAGAACUCAAUCAAAUUAAAACCGAAAAGGUUAAGAUGGAAGUGGAAAUAGCUAAUCUUGGACGUCAACUAACAACCGUCAACGAGGAGAAGAAAAAACUCACGGACGAUUUUAACUUGCUUAAGCAACAAAAUUCACGUCUAACCCAAGAAGUAAUGGAAUUGAAGAACCAACUAUUGCAAAAGGAAGAAACCAUGCAAAAAAUUACAGAAGAUCUGGAAUCUAAAGACGCUCAACUUGUCGAUUCGAAGAAUAAAGAAAUUCAGAUCAGGAAAAUUGCUAAACGCUACAAGGACUCUUUCAUUGAGCUUUCCAACAAGCAAGCUGCCUCAACGGAAGUUAAUGCAGGUGGAGAUAAUUUGAACGCAGGAGCUAAUCCCGGAGAAAGCGGAACCUCAAACAAGGCUGACAAUGAGAAGGAGCUAAAGGAAACAAUAGAACAACUGAAUUCGGUUAUCAAAACUAUUCAGGAAGAAAAUGAAAAGAUGCGAAAGGACAAUGAAGAAUUGAGAUCUUCUGUAGAAAAGGACGAGAGAGGCAAACUCUUACUGAGAGAAGCCAAGUCCAGAAUUAUGAGUCUUACCGAAUCGAAGAACUUGGUUUCACAAGAGCUGGCUCAAACCAAGACCAAGCUUCAAAAUCUCAAACAGUCAACUGAAGACCAUGAUACUAUACUUGCAGGCAUCAAAACUCAAUACGAUGAAAAACUCAGUCGUCUCGAAAAAGACUUGCUUGAGCAAACAGCUGGCAAUAAGGAAGCCAUCGCCAGAUUGACUCGCGAAAACGAAUCGCUUCUGGUGCGUAUAAGUCAGUUAAACAGACAACUCGGCUUGCAGCAAUCGGCAAAGCCGUCCACAAGCUCAAGUGCGAUAUCCGAUAAAGGCUGCAUUUCAGAAUCAUCACCACGAACAGCAAACGUGAAGCCAAUGUCUGGUUCAAGUAGUCAACAAUCCGCUACAGUUACGCCAUGGAGGGGUGGUGACACUCCAUUAGCCAGCAUUCGGCCGAUCUCUGUUCAGAAUAGCAGAACUGCAGCUAUUCUUCCAACAAGUCAAAACAGCACUAUAAGUGUGGGUCAAGGUUCGGCUUCGGGCAGUAACACAGCUUUGGUGCCCCCGCAGCAGCAGGUUCAUACAACUGGAAGCAACGUCGAAUCGAUGUCGUCUUCACCUACCAGUUCGCACACCGAUUACAUGCCAUCUACAAGCACAGCAGCCGUGGCUGUUGCUGCGGUGCCACCGAUGGGAGCUUCCGCCGCCGAGUGCUCUCAGGAAGCCGAAAGCGUUCCAUUGCAGACUAACGAUUCGCAGGUGAUGGUAAGUGGUGGACAGCAACAAGUUGUUGCCUUGGUAUCUCCUCGAGUGGAAGGAUCUCAAAACGCCCCAGUUGCAAUUCAAAGCCAACAAGAGCCGAACAACCAGCCUAGCACUUCGGGAACAACCAGUUCAUCUCAUGUUUCUAUAAGUAGCCACAGGCAUGCAUCUUCCAGCAGCAACGUUACUACCACCCAAGCCAGUGGACAUAAGAGACCAAGAGAUAUUGAAGGUGAUAGCUCUACUAGUACUGCCGAGGAUUGUGGUGAGAAAUCAAAACCACUUAACAAAAGGACCCGCACCGGAGAGGCUAUGGGUUCUCAGGUUGGUGUAUCUGAAUCUGGAGUUGAUGUAGAAUACCAAGUUCCCACAUCUUCUCAAAGAGACCAAGAGGACGAUAUAGUAAUUGUGGAUUCGGAAGAAGACGAAGGAAUGGUUGACGAGGGAAAUGCUGAGGCAGAUGAUGGUCCAGCCGAAGAUGGCGAAAACGAAGGUUAUGAAGACUCAUACGAACAAGAUCAGGACAUGGAUGAGAACGAGUGCCCCGAAGUAGAUGAGAGUAAUAUACAGGCUGACAACAAUGAAGUUGAAAUUGAUGAUUGUAUGGAUGCUCCUGUACAAUGUACGUCUGAAAAUCAAGCUGACCCUGAUGCAGGUUCGAGUGUUAACCAAGAUAACAACCAACAAAGUCAGGCCAUUAGCAGUGGCAGUUGCGAACCGGCCAAUGUCGCACAAGCUGUGUCCCGCAAGCAAACCACAACAUUGUCCCGCCAACAAAAAGCAACGCUUAUGAUGUUGCAGCAAGGAAUAGAAGGUGGCGAGUCUGCUGAAGAACCUAAUACUCCUCAGUUCAGUGGACACAGAUCAGACAGUUGUAGUGAAAGCGUUAGCUCCCCACAAGGAUCGAAAUUUGUAGAAGAAGAGGGAGGAGAGGCAAAAAACGAUUUAGCUGAAGAUGCGGAGGGAGAUGAAUUUCUGGGAGAGAACUACGAAGAAAAAAAGGAAGAUGAAACUGCAGAAGAGUCUGAGGAGGCAAAACACAGUGGUAGCUGCAGUGUGGUAGCAGCUGAUGAAAGAGAACUCGAAACCGCCCAAGAUGCAUCAGUUUCUCAUGAUGUAGAUUCAGCUGAAAGUCGAGGAGGAGCCACGCAGUCUGGGUCAGAAAUCCAACAAAACCAAAUCGAAGGUACAGCUGCGGAAGAUAGCGAAGGCGUUGACGCAGUCUCAUCAGAAGGCGAAAAAGCUAACCUCGAAGAAGACUUAGAGGAGGAAGGACGUGAAGCUGAAGCCUCAACAUCGCCCUCCAUUAACACAAGGUCCAAAACGACCAGAGGCAACGUGGCUACUAGAAGACCUAGAGGAUAUCAGAGAGGAGGUAGACCAACACCAAUAGUUUGGCAAGAUCAGUCUGGAAGUCCCCGCAACGCAUCACCCAACGUGCGAAACCAAGAUCCAGGCAGUCCAUCGCGUGGAUUCCAAAAUCAGCGUGCUCAAAGGGCGCGUCGUAUGCGUCGCCCAAGCGGCAUCAACUAUGGAAACAUGCGAUAUUCUUAAAUAAGAGAACUACAUUUUAACUUAAUUAUAAAAAAGUGAUGCUAUUUUCUUCCAAAAUACUUAUUCCAUAAAACACUCAAUCAUGAUUUCACUGGAUAUUUCUUGGGACAAAAACAUAAAAAACAAAAUAAUAUUAAUGAAUGUCAAAUAAAAUUACGGAUGACUUAUUGUAGAAUUUUAACUUAAAAUGCAAGGAUGUUGUAACUAAUUUUGCGUUCUCUAUAGCUCAUUAUCAUUAUAGUUUUAAACAAUCACA